AAAACCAGCCCAAAAAAGACAUACAACACCUGGGAUUCGCUGGUCGUCACCGACCCAACUACUAGUCAGGCGAUUGGUAGUUUAUCUAUGGGAGAGCGGACGGGAUCCCGAGUUUUCUACUAUCUAUGGUCGUAUGUGAUGAUAUUGGGUUGGAGUGGGCAUUAUGAAGCACAACGGAAACACCAUUGGUAG